AUGGAAUGUUUAUCUCACAGGAUCGACCAGGCUAUUCGGGACAACCUUUGGAAGCCUCUCAAGCUGUCCAGAGACGGCCCGCCCAUUUCUCAUCUUUUUUUUGCAGAUGACCUGGUUCUGUUUGCAGAAGCAGGGGGAACCCAAGUGAGGAUAAUCAAGCAAUGCCUGGAUGAGUUCUGUAGCAGCUCGGGACAGCGGGUGAACUACCAGAAAUCGGCUAUCUUUGUGUCGGCUAACAUUCGCAGAAGGUGUGCUAGGGCCCUAAGUGAUUGGGUGGGGAUCCCGCUGACGGUGGACCUAGGCAGAUAUUUGGGAGUCAUGGCCAUCCAUGGCAGAGUGACGCGAGGCAGAUACCAAGAUCUCGCCCUCAGGAUUCAGAAGAAACUCGCCCCUUGGAAAGCUAGGUAUCUUUCCCUUGCCUCUCGCAUUACUCUUGUUAAAUCAGUUGCUGCGUCUAUUCCCGUUUAUCCUAUGCAGGUGGAGCUCAUGCCGAAAACUGUUUGCAAGGAUCUGGAUAAGAUAAAUCGCAGCUUCAUCUGGGGCGACUCGGAAGAGAAAAGAAAGUUACAUCUGGUGGGCUGGCAAACUUUGACCCUGCCAAAGGACCAAGGAGGUCUAGGUAUCCGGCCCUCCAGAUCGGUCAACCUGGCAAUGCUGGCUAAGUGUGGGUGGCGGCUGAUGAAAGAGAAAGAGACGCUUUGGACUCAGCUGAUGCGUGGCAAGUACGGGAAGAACAGGGAGAACCUCGACAUCAUCAAACCCAUAAAGGGAAGUUCCUUCACCUGGAAUAGCGUCUCUAAAACCAGAGAACUGCUGAAAGUUGGUUCUGGCUGGAAUAUUCAUAGAGGCAACCUAACCCGUUUUUGGUUUGAUGUUUGGAUCUCGCAGGUUCCCUUGAUCGAGUUGACCACUGGCCCAGUUCCGGACGAUAUAAGAGACGGCAUGGUGGCAGAUUUUGUUGAUGAGGACGGGAACUGGCUCACCGAAAAGUUCGAGGGUUUGCUUCCGGACGCUGUGACUCGUCAAAUCACAGCAAAGGCAGUGGACCCUCUGGCAGGGGAGGAUGAUGUGCUUUUCUGGCAGCCCACCUCAGACGACCGUUUCUCAACCAAGAGUGCUUUUCAGCUAAUGCAGCCUAGAGUCCCAAGCGAGGCAGCUCAGAUGUGGAAAAACAUAUGGAAACUCCCGGUGCCGGAGAGAGUGCGGUGUUUCAUGUGGGUCGUAGCGCACGACAAAAUCAGCAUCAACGCCCAGCUUGUGAAGAGAAAGAUCGCCUCCUCACCCUGCUGUUACAGAUGCUCUACACUAGAAGAGACCACAAUCCAUAUCCUCAGAGACUGCCCUACCGCGGCCUUCCUUUGGGCGCGCACGGUACCCCCAGAGAACCAGCAGGAGUUCUUCACCCUGCAGCCUAAAGCUUGGAUUGAAAAAAAUUUGCAGGUAGAGGCCACUUGGACUAGCGAGAUCCCCUGGAAUGCUUUCUUCAGUAUAGCCAGCUGGAAUCUAUGGAAGAACAGAAAUGAAGGAGUGUUCAAGGGAAUUGGGAAGACCCUCUCCCCGCCUUCUCUGACACAGGCCACCAAGAUCAAAGCUACGCUGUGGUAUAAGGCUUGGGUGGCUCCUCAGAACAUCCUAGGCCGGCGGGGCACUGCUGUACAGAGAGUGUAUCGGGAGAUCAGUUGGAUUCCUCCUCCUGCAGGCUGGAUCAAGGUAAAUGUUGAUGGCGCUGCGAACGGAUCCCAGGGGCCGGCAGGCGCGGGAGGGGCCCUGCGGAAUCACCAUGGGGUUUGGAUCAAAGGUUUUGUUGCUAAUUUGGGAACUUGCUCGGCUAUUCAAGCGGAGCUGUGGGGAAUUUACCAUGGUUUGGAUAUGGCGUGA